CUAUUCCGUGAUUCCGUCUAACCACAGGGACCAAAGUGUAAUUACGAAAUUCUUGAUAUUCGCGCUUUCCUGCGUUUCUGGCCAACCAAACAGAGCUGCGAAAUAUCGAUCUUUUUGGUUGCAGAGAGAACUGAAGAUGAGCGAAGGUGAUUCGAUUUCGAAAGGAAAUGAUUUUGAUUUGCUUAAUCAAUUCGAGCUCAUUUUGGAUUCCGAUCCGCUGAUCGAUGAAGUAGGGUUUAUUCACCCCUCCCAAUUCGCGAUUCUAAAUAGAGAAGCAGAGGGUAAUGAACAGCAAUCAAAAGAUGGGAUCUUGAGCUCAGAUAAUUCCUUGGAUCAUGAAGAUUUAAGUUUUUGGAAAAGAGAUCAUAAGUUGGGCAUUUCAUUGCAUGCUCUUCUUCCACUGUAUAAGGCUGCCAGAGAUGCAUUUACGGAUGCAAUUAGACAAUAUAAGAGAGUUGAGAUUUUGGCUGGUGCAUCUGGGGAUGAGACGGAUUCGCCUAGGUCUUCAUCUAUUGAAAGUGAGGUCAUGAAGCAUAGCAAGGCGCUCUUACUGCUAAGCUGUGAUUUUGGCACUGCGUGGAAUUCCAGGAAGUUAAUUUUGUCAAAGAAGCGGCACACAUCAUUGUUUAGUGAUGAACUUCUCUUCUCAAGCCUUGUUCUUUCCUAUUCACCCAAAAGUGAACAAGCCUGGUGCCACAGGCGGUGGGUGAUCAAGAUGAUUGCUGGGAAAUGUUCGGCUAUGCAAGAGAUUGUAGGGAAAGAAUCUGAGCUAGUGGAAAAGAUAGCCGAGAGAUUUAAAAUGAACUACAGAGCAUGGAAUCACCGCUGCUGGUUGGUUUGUUACAUGACAAGAGAACAGGUGCUACAUGAGUUGAACAGAUCCAGAAAAUGGGCUGGGUUACAUGUUGCUGACAAUUCUUGCUUUCAUUAUCGUACACGACUGAUGCUUAGGAUUUUAGAGGAGUCCUGCCACAAACAAGAAGAUGAAUUUUCUGAUCACAAUGUCGAAAUUUAUCAAAUAUGGAAGGAAGAGCUUCACUGGAAUGAAGAUUUAAUUAAAUAUUAUGUAGGAAGAGAGGCUCUGUGGCUCUAUCGCCGGUUCCUUUCCCUGUACUGGAUAAGGAAUUUUGCAACUACUGUUGGUGAUGUAACUCACCAAUCCAAGCACACUUCCUGCAUAGUUGAUGAUGUCAAUAUCUUUUUGGAUAAUGAGUUACGUCUUGUAAAUUCUUGCUCAACUAUACCUGACAACAAGUUUGAGGAUUUUCAAGCACAAUCGAUACAUGCUGCUACUUACAUAUUAUGGUUGACAAAGCAAAUUCCCAAAUCCCAGGAGACUGAACUCAAAAAGAAGCUAAAUGCUGGAAGGUUGAAGACCAUGCUGACUGAAGCUUGUCCUGACAGAUCCUUACUCUGGAGCAACUGCCUAGCUGGAAGCAUCUAAACUGGUGGUUGAAUGAGAAUUUAUAAUAAUUUAGGCUCCGUUUAUUUAACGGAAAAUGACUUGUAUAUGAAAAAUAUUUUUUAUGAAAAAUAUU